AUGCAGCAGCUAACAAACCCUCAACACCCUCAAAGCCCCGCAAUUUCUUCGAAAUUUCAAUGGGCGCCACCCCCUGACUUUGCUGGAUUUAGAGGAAAAAGCGGCGACUUCGUUUAUUUGCGCGAAUUACCCGGAUCAGAAAACAUCAAUGGAUUUACAGAUUUCACUUUUGCAAUUAACGCAACUGUUAAAGAAAAGUUUCACUUGGCGGUUUCUUUUUUCUCCGUCGACAAACAAAUCGCAAACAAUAUUGUGGUCGGGCGUGCGGCAUCAGCGGACGCGGAUUAUUUUGUGGGGUCUAUAGACAGCCUGCAGAUAUUUAAUUACGUUUUGUCUCCUGAUGAAGUGCUUUAUCUUUCUACUCAACCACCAGAAGCAGCAGCAGCAGCAGCAGCAGCAGCAACAGCAACAGGCCCCACACCUGGCGGUGAGCGUAGAACAGUCGACGGCCGCGUCUGUCUAUCUCCUUGCUCUCCUCAGGAGCCCUUCCUGCUGCAGCAGCAGCAACAGCAGCAGCAACAGCAGCAGCAACAGCAGCAGCACCAGCAGCAGGUUGCAAUGCGUUCGAUUCAACUUGCAUGCAGUGACAGCGGAUUACUUCCAGCAUUUCGGGGUUUUUCUGGCGAAAGUUUUUUGGUGUUGUGUCCGAGCGACUGUCAUAAAGCGAAGAAAAUAAUAUUAAAAGGAAAUCAUGUAUAUACAGCAGACUCUUCAGUUUGUCUCGCUGCACUCCACAGCGGCGCUCUAACAAACAUCGAAGGCGGGUUUGCACUCCUCGUACUGCACAACGGGCUCAACAGCUACGCAUCAGCUACAGGGAAACAUGGCGUAAUUAGCAGUGCGGAGCUGCAGCCUCAGAUUCGGUCUUUCUCUGUUCUUCCUGCUCCUCCCUUUAAACAGCUGAGUUGCUACAGUGAUGGAUCUUUUGUAAUGCAAAUGAAGACGGGGGAUUUGAUGAUGAUAUCAUGCCCACUUGGCUGUCUCGCCGCAUCCGAGGCCGUUGUCUACGGCACAGGUAAAUAG